AUACCCCGGGCCUUGACCGCAGACAUGACUGCAGGAACACGCACGAAUCCGAACUGGAUGAUAAGUACUUUCAACCGGCUCUUCCGGCGCUGCCAUCCGUUUGCCUUAUUUUACGCAAAGUAUUCCUUUCGUCCAUUUAAGCACCACUCAGGCUGCGUGAACGCAUUGAAUUUCAGCCAUUCAGGACACUUAAUUGCUUCUGGAUCCGAUGAUCAACGUGUGGCUGUGACAGAUUUCUAUUCCGGCAAACUCAUAACCCGGUUUCAUUCUGGGCAUAAGUUGAACGUGUUUCAGGUAUGUUUGAUAUAUUACCUAUUGCUACUGUAUAAUUGA